GCGCAUAGUGGUAGCACUAAUCGCAGCUGCCCCAUCAGCAGUUCGCAAUGUUGGCACACUUCUAGUUCUAGGUUACGUGUUUGUGUUUUGAUUGUCAAUUUUAGCUUAUUUUGUCCGCACUAGUUUAACCACUCAAAAUGAAGACCCGGUUCUCUACGUUUGAUAUUAUUUGCAAUGUCACCGAGCUGCAGAGACUGGUGGGCAUGCGUGUGGCUCAAGUUUAUGAUGUGGGUAACACCACCUACUUGAUUAAACUGCAACGCCCUGAAGAGAAGGCUGUAUUACUCAUUGAAUCAGGUAUCAGAUUUCACUCGACAGCUUUUGAAUGGCCGAAAAAUGCCAGUCCAUCUGGAUUCAGUAUGAAGUUGCGUAAACAUCUGAGAAAUAAGAGACUGGAGUCUCUCCGUCAAAUGGGGAUGGAUCGUAUUGUAGAUUUUCAAUUUGGUACGGGAGAGGCAGCAUACCAUAUUAUAUUGGAACUAUACGAUCGUGGUAACAUCAUUUUGACGGACUAUGAAAUGACAACUUUGAACAUACUACGACCUCACACUGAAGGAGAAGAAGUUAGAUUUUGUGUGAGAGAAAAAUAUCCAACUGGCCGUGCAAGGGAAAGGAUGCCACCUCCCUCAGUAGAACGAAUUAAACAAAUUUUAUCUGAAGCCAAAGCAGGUGAAAGCCUGAGGAAAGUUCUGAAUCCACAUUUAGAAUACGGUCCUGCUGUCAUUGACCACAUUUUAUUGCUGGCGGGAUUUCCUGCAGGAGUGAAGAUCAACAAAGGUUUAGAUCCCAAUUCAGAAGAGGAUAUUAGUAAGUUAAUGGAAUCAUUGCAACAAGCAGAGCACAUGAUUGACAGAGCUUUGCAAGAAAAGUCAAGAGGUUACAUCCUUCAGAAGAAAGAGCUAAGAGAUCCUUCAAGUGAGGAUUUUUUUCUGAGUAAUCAAGAAUUUCACCCGACUGUGUUCCUUCAAAUGAGAGGCCAGCCAAUCAGGGAAUUUGAUUCCUUUGAUCAAGCUGUUGAUGAAUUUUACUCUUCUCAAGAAAGCCAGAAAAUUGAUCUCAAGGCCAUUCAGCAGGAGAGAGAGGCUCUGAAGAAAUUAAAUAAUGUGAAAAAGGAUCAUGUUAACAGACUACAAGCACUCACAAAAACUCAGGAAGCAGAUCGUAUGAAAGCUGAGCUUAUUAUGCGAAACCAAGAGCUCGUUGACAGUGCUAUAAUUGCAGUACGAACUGCCAUUGCCAGUCAGGCUUCUUGGUCUGACAUUGGAAUUAUGUUAAAGGAAGCCCAGUCUCAAAAAGAUCCCAUAGCUACAUGCAUAAAACACUUGAAACUGGAAAUGAACCACAUAACUGUUCUUCUAAGUGACCCUUUUUCUGAUGAUGACUCCGAUUCGGAUGAAACUCCUCUGAAGCCAACACUUAUUGACCUCAACUUGGACUUGGGUGCAUUUGCGAAUGCCCGCAGUUACUAUGACCAAAAGAGGUCUGCUGCUAAAAAGCACCAGAAAACUAUUGAGUCUCAAGAAAAAGCUUUCAAAAGUGCAGAAAAGAAAACAAAACAAACACUUAAGGAAGUUCAAGUGUUAACAAAUAUUAGCAAAGCUAGAAAAACCUUCUGGUUUGAAAAAUUUUUCUGGUUUAUCAGUUCUGAGAAUUAUCUUGUCAUUGGAGGCCGGGAUCAGGUCCAGAAUGAACUAAUUGUAAAGCGGUAUAUGAGAGCCGGUGAUAUUUAUGUUCAUGCUGACCUAUCUGGAGCCAGCAGUAUAGUUAUUAAGAAUCCUUCUGGGAAACCAGUUCCACCAAAGACACUGAAUGAAGCAGGUGUGAUGGCCGUUUCGUACAGUGUUGCGUGGGAAGCCAAAGUUCUCACCAAUGCCUGGUGGGUACAAAGUGAUCAAGUUUCCAAAACUGCUCCCACUGGUGAAUACCUGACCACAGGAAGCUUCAUGAUUCGUGGCAAGAAAAAUUACCUCUUACCUGCACACCUCAUCAUGGGCUUUAGUUUCCUCUUUAAAUUAGAAGAAAGUUCUGUCUCGAGACAUGCAGGUGAGAGGAGAGUGCGUGGGGCAGACGAGGAAGCUGACCUCAGACACGACUUCCAAGAAGCCAGUGAAGAUGCUGAACAGGAAAUUGAUUUAGACAAUUCUGAUGAUGAGAAUAAAUCGGAAGAAGAUACCCCAAAAGAAAAUGUUGAAGGAAAUGCUGAUGAAGUAGAGCCCACUGAGUCAAAUGAAAGUGGUGAUCAUCCAAAGAGUGAUGAUGAGUCACUUUUCCCUGAUACCAAAAUUGCUGUAGACCACCUGGUAAAAAAUGUAAAUGAUAUUAGAGUAUCAGUUAGUGAAGAAUAUAUUGUUGGUAGUAGUCGUCCAAUUCCAAAGGAGAAAGGACAACCCAAAAAGACAUCAGGCCAAGAUAAAGAAAAAGGAAAACAAGAAGAUGAGGAGGAGGACGGGAGCAGCAAGAAACAACAACAAACUCAAUUGAAAAGAGGGCAGAAAGGAAAGUUGAAAAAGAAAGAAAAGUACAAGGACCAGGACGAAGAAGAAAGGGCUCUACGUAUGCAAGUGCUUCAGUCCGCAGGUGCUCCGAAAGAGAAGGCUAAGAACAAAAAGGGAAAGGGAAAGGCGCCCCCAUCUGGACCAAAGCCUAACAUACCGCAACCCAAAAUUCCUAAAAAGACGAUCCGGGCUGAGGAUGGAACACAGCAAGAUGCCAACAGGGAGGGAGAUGAUGAGGAAGACCCUGCAGAACCAGUGGUUUUGGCCGAGGUUGACAUGCUGGACUCCCUCACUGGAAUCCCCCUCCCAGAAGAUGAAAUUCUCUUUGCAGUGCCGGUGGUGGCGCCGUAUAAUUCUUUACAAAAUUACAAGUACAAGGUGAAAUUGACUCCUGGAACAGGGAAAAGGGGCAAAGGAGCUAGGACGGCACUGAACAUGUUCCUGCGAGACCGUCAAGCUACUGCCCAUGAGAAGGACCUGCUGAAGGCUGUUAAGGACCAAGACCUAGCUCGCAACAUUCCUGGUUCAGUCAAGGUUUCAGCACCUCAACUUCAAAAAUUGCGCAAGUAAAAUGUUAAACCACUUUAAGGAAAAGUUAACUUAUUCGUCUGUAAAUUUGCUGAUAAAAUAUUUGUUUUGGUAGAUGCUCAUUGUGACUGUACUUUUCAAGUGAAGGUUUUGUGAUUUUCUCUGUAAUACUCUUACAAAUAUGUUGCACUUACUAAUACCUUGCUCCCAAGUCAUAUUUUACUAUCCAAUGCAUAUUUGCGCAGAGUAUUGACUGUGUCAUUUAUAUUUCUGCUUGUUCUAAACUUUUGCAUUUUAUCACCCAAGCUAAUUUUGAGUGGUAAAUGAGAAUUUGGUGAUUUCAAUCAGAUAACUGCAAGUUGAAAGAACCUAGACUGAUUGCAGCUGUGAUUUCAAUGUGAGUGAGAUAUUAACAUGAAAGCUAUUUGUGAAGACCAAAUUGGUAUAUUGAAAGGUACUUAUUUUCUUCACCUCAGCUUCAUCCAUCUUUACCCUUCCAUUAAAUGUCCUAUGAAUGUGUAUUGUGUAUAAUCUUGUUCAUUUUCUUCUUCUUUUAAAACAGGAAAAUAAAAUGAGUAAGCAUUUUA